GAGGCUCCCUGGCUUGGCUGAGGGGGUUUGCCUGGCUGGCAUGGCUGAGUGAUUCUCUAGGCCUUUCCUUCCAAACAUCAAGGUUCUCCAUUUUGCAAUACUGCACUUACACAAAGAACAGUUUUGUUAUGCAGGCAGAUGGAACAAUACAAAUUGCUGUUUAUUUAAUAAAACAUUUUCUGUCUGGAAAAUACAAGAAUUUACCAAUAACACGGCAGUACUGUUAUAAAUGGAUAUGCUUUAUUGUAAUAUCUAACUAUCUUGACAAACCUUUUUAGAGCUCUCCUACUUAAAAAAAGUUUUUUUUUUUUUAAGGCAGCAGUUGAAGAUUAAGAUAAUUCUUGGUUUUCUAGAAACCGCUAGUUGAGAUUUCCUUUCCAACAGUACUUCUGAAGCACAGAUAAAAUGGCUUCCUGCCUGACAGUUUCCUGUAUCCAUGGCAACCUCACUUUAACUACUUCUUACUUAAUUUCCUGAAUGAACAGUUGCAAAUCCAGGGGCAAAAUGUGAGAGCUGUCUGUGAUACACAGCAGUAUCACUUUUCCAAGUGUUUCGCAGAUGGGUAUUGUCAGCUGGUAACAGCCCAACAAACUGCAAAACAAUGAAAGAACAGAAAUAAUGAACUUCAGAUUUGGGCAAAGUCAGAAAUGAGGGAGAAGGCCAAAGACAGGGAUAUGUGUGGACUACAGAGUUUUUCACCCUGCACAAGAGCAUUCCUGCAUCUCCUUAGUGGCUUUCUUUUGUUGCUGCUCCAGAAGGAGGUUCUUGGCUGUCCAACUCUUUGCCAGCUCUGCACAGGGAGGCAAGUUACCUGUCGUAACUUGGGUCUUUCAAGCAUCCCUCGGAACUUCCCUAAAACUACAAUUCUUGUAUACUUCAGUGGGAAUAAUAUAUCUCAUGUCAUUCCAAAUGAAUUAACAGGUCUUCAGAAACUUGCUGCACUUUACAUGGAUAAUUCCAGUAUUUCAUAUGUACACCCAAAAGCUUUUGUGGAUCUUCCUAAACUUUGCUACUUGCAUCUAAAUAACAAUAAUAUUAAACGCCUGGAUCCAGGAACUUUUGAAGGUCUUUCCAAUCUUCAUUAUUUAUACCUUCAGAAUAAUCAAAUAGCUUUUGUUUCCCGAGGAUUAUUUAGUGAUCUUCUUUCUGUUAGAUAUUUAACACUUCAAAGAAAUCGUCUCAGUGUCCUUGGAAGUGGAACUUUCUUGGGAAUGAGAAAUCUUCAAACACUUAACCUAGCCAAUAAUAAGAUUUCACGGAUAUCAGAUGCAGCGUUUUGUCAUCUUGAAAACCUUGUAUACUUGUUCCUUGAAGGUAACAACUUAACACUUGUGCCAUCAAAUGCCAUUGGAAUGCUCAGAAAUCUUGAAAGACUUUCUUUAUCUCACAAUCCUAUUAGAUCAAUACAGCGUUUUGCAUUUAAAGGACUUAACAAGCUUAGAUAUCUGUCUUUAAAAAGUGUAAAGCUAAAACAUAUUGCUGUAAACGGAUUUUUUGGAUUAAGCGACCUUAGUCAGUUAAUCUUAAGUUAUAAUGAUUUAGAAAAUAUAAAUUCCAGCACUUUUACUUCUUUGAAUAGUUUAAAGUAUCUGCAGUUGGACCGAAAUAAAAUAACAAGUAUUGGUGACAGUGUCUUUGAGAAAAUGGGGCAGUCACUUAAAAUUCUCAAUUUAGCUUUUAAUAGUAUUACAGAGUUGCAACCUAAAGUGCUUAAACCUUUAGUGUCUUUAACUCAUCUACACAUAGAUUAUAAUCCUUGGAACUGUAGUUGCAAAAUGCUUGGGUUACUUAAGUGGUUGGCAUCAUCUCGCAUUUCUGUUAAAAUUCUUUGUUGGAAUCCCCUCAGCAUGCGUGGCAGACCUUUGCGUUACAUCAAGUGGACUCUGUUUGCAAACUGCAGUAGCCUCACUGCCAGCCCAGAAGCAGCCUGGAAUCUAGAAUCUGCAGAUACCCAUCACAGCCCUACCACUUUGCUGAUGGCAUGGCAUAAGGGAAACAGUCGCAUUCCAUUUGAGCAGUUUAUUAAGGCUGAUACGAAAUAUAUUGCUCUCUGGGAAGGAACUGCAGUUACAUCUGCUAGCCCUUUGCCUUAUGGAGAAAACACUGCUCCUGAAACUCCUUCACAGGCACCUACACUACUAUCAGUUUUACCAGUACAGAUACCAGCGCAGAUUAUACCUGUUACCAGAACCAUAGAAGUACAAAGUUUGUUUCCAACAGAUGCUGCUCCUGUAUCAUUACAGACAUCUGUACUUUGUACACAACAGGUUGAAAAGCUCAAUCAGGCCUUUGAUGUUUUGCUAGCCUUUUUCGUUCUGGCUUGUGCUGUGAUCUUGUUCCUAACCUACAAAAUCAUUCACUUUAGACAGAAACUAAAAGUGCUGGAAAACUCAGGGGAGAAGCGCAUAGAAUAUUAUGGUUUUUAUCAACCUGGCAGAUACAACAUAAAUGACGCAGUGCAGUCUCUAACUGAAAAUUCAGCAGGAGAUUCAGAAUUGGACCAAAUUAGGCUGCUCAAGCGAACAGCAUCUGAAAGUCAGGCACAGGUCAUAUUGUUUGAACAUUCAUCACUGUAAUUUACUUCCGUUGAUUUGAUGUCAAUUUUACUCCAAUCUGAAAUGUUGAGAAGUCAAGAAUUUGAUUUUCCAAAAAAAUGAGCUGAUUGAUAGAAUUGUGGAAAAUAGUGUAAUUUGGGUUUAUUUGCUUUCUCGGUGUUCUGAAGUUCAUUGAUUUUUAUUAAGUGUCAUUUAUACCUGAUAUGGAUUACCUAUGUUCCUGUUGUAGGAUUCUUUCACCUGUAGCGCAAGUAUGUGUUCACUAGAGAGAAUGUUCAUAUUAUUUAUUUUGCAGUACUUAUGGGUAUUAAGUUUCUGUAGUAAUUACAUAACUAACUUGAAAUUAAAGGCAACUAGAUCAUAAAACCAAGAAACCUGGGGAAUGAGAAGAGCAGUGCUUUAUGUAUUUAUUGCAUACACGGUUUCCUGUACUCAGUCUGUAUAACAAAUAUAUUAAAUACGAUUUUUAAUAGUCUGUAUUUGUAUCACUUUGUGGUCAUAACUUAUUAGGAGUUAAUAUGGAAGCUAAAUAUUGGAUUCAAAAAUUGAUAACAUCUGUAAUGUCUCUGAAAUGGUUAAUUAUUGUCUGUAAAAAGAUGAUGUCAUCUACAUAGUGAAGUUUGAGGGAGUCUUUGGCUAGAUGAGGGGUAUAAACUGAAGAAAUCUGUUGAGAAUACUUAAGUAUUUGUGUAUUUUGAAAUGUUAGGUCAAAAUAUGUUUUCUAAGUGAAGACUACAUUCUAAGAUUGUGCUUGAAAUGAUGGGUAUUAUGCAAACCAUGUAGUUAGCAUUUGUUUAAACUUCUACAUUUUUAUUUAGAAUAUUGAUGUGUAGGAUGCUUUAGGGUUUCUGGCUCCAGCCUGACUUCUGCUAGCAUAACUAAUGUGCAUGGCCAUGUUGUUGCACUCCUUAUCACCCCAUUUGUUCGUUUCCAAUGCAUUUCCAGGAAUGACAAGAUAUUUUCUGCUGGCAGUACAAACGUAGACCUUGCCUGUAAUAUUACAGGUGUGAAUGUGGAAGUCUACACUGUGUUCCUCUGUUGUUGCUUGCUACAUCUUUCUACUGGAUGUAACAAAAUCUGAGUUUUGUUGAGAUUUACUUUCAUUGUAUUGUAGUGCUGUAUUUUACUCUAAUUUAAUGUAUAAUAGAUGAACUAUUUCUGUCUUACGGAAUGCUUAAUUCUACUAGUUGGGCAAAAGCUUAAACUGUUUUGAGUUUCGUGACUAGAAACUUUGUUUUAUAUAUACCUUUAUAGCCAUAAAUAUUAAAUGUAGUGUGCUUUUUUGUUUGUUUCUUAAGGGGAGAAAAUGCUAAUUACUCUCAAAUUCAUGCUUAAUUUUUUAACUCCAAUACAGUGCUUUGCUCCUUGACCCCUUUUUAUCCUUCCUACAUAAUUGGUUGCAGCAAGUGUUAAGUUUAUUAGGCUUUUUUGUGUUUUGAAUUGUUUUUAUUUUCAUUUAGUAACAGCUACACUGUGUGUAAUUCUACAGUAGUAAGUUUGGUUGUCUUCAGUUCUACAUCUGUAAACUUUCAAUUUUAUAUGGCUGUCUUCAGAAAUAACGGUCUUUAUUAGCACCUGAGUGAUGAUCAUUCUAGUCAAAGCUAAUUAAAUAGGUUUUCUUAAGUAGUAAUGCUGAUGUGCCCAUGUGGGAGAGGAUUUCAUGGGAGUGGAUGAAGGCUGGGAAAGAACAAGCCCAAUUCUGAAACCUGUGUGCUUCUGAGCUGUUCUCAGCAGAAGACCACAGUUCCCUCUGAAGGUGUUUCCUUUUCGCUGACAAGCUUCUGUAGGAAUCAUCUUCCAGAUGUGUGUCCUAUCAUUUCCAGUGAUUCAGUUUAAAUGAAAUUGAUACUGCCAGCAUCAUUUCUGUAAGUUUUGCUGGGACAAUCAAAGCCAUCUUAUGGAGAGGAGUCAUCCUCCAAUAACCAACUUGAGAAAAAUUUCCAGCUUUGCUGUACAGAGAAUUUGAGGGAUGUAACUGUGGGAAAGUGCAGUAACUGCCAAGUUAAAUGUUCACACUAGGAAACAGGAAUACUGUGUGUGUGGUUCAUAUGUCUGUUUAAAUCACUGGAGAAUACAGAAUUCAGAAGUCUCAGUAGUGCCUGCCCACAUGAAGCAAAAUGGUCUAUAGACUUCCACUUAGUCACAGUCCCUUAUUAGAUUCUCAUUUGUAAAGCUCA